UUCAUCAGAGGAGGAAGUCUGGAGUGAGCCGCAGCAGCGAGAGCAACAGAGGGCAGCGAACGCGGAGAGAACCCCACAGAUAAACCACAGCGGAUUGAGAGAGAUCGGGCACAGCACACAUCCGUGGACAGUCACUGAGGCUCCGAUGAGUAGUUCCACGUUCUCCUGGUUGGGAGUCUUCGCCCUCCUGGUACAGGUUUGGAGCGGCGAGGGUUCACAGCGAUGCAAGGGGUUCGAUAAAAACACGUACGUUUUCGAGGUGGAGUCCCUGGCGGCGGGCCAAGUGCUUGGCAAAGUUCGCUUUAACUGUGGUCAACAAAAUGGCCUGGAAUUCCAUACGGAUGAUCCCCAUUUCCAAGUGGAAUCUGAUGGAAGGAUUCUUGUCAGUGAUGUACCAACAACAAACCAAACAAGUUUUAUUAUCACUGCAUUUAGCGAGGUAGCAGAUACAUGGGAAACGACUGUUCGUGUCCUAAUAAAUGGUGAAAAGGUGAAAGAUUCUGCAGGGGGUAAGUCAGAUGUGCCAGUGAUCAUGUGGCCUUCACGGUUUUCUCGUUCUGCGUUGAGACGACAGAAGCGAGAAUGGGUGAUUCCAGUCACCAAACAUCCAGAAAAUCAGCGAGGACCAUUUCCCAAGCUCCUUGUACAGAUCAAGUCCAAUCGGCAAAAAGAAAUACCAUUAACUUACUCUAUAACAGGCCCAGGAGCUGAUCAGCCACCUCUCAAUGUUUUUACUAUAAAUAAACUCACUGGUGAAAUUUUAGUGCAUCAACCUUUAGACAGAGAACGAAUAGCCAGAUACAGACUGUUAGCUCAUGCACUAGAUGCAGACGGGCAGGAGGUUGAAGAGGCAGUGGAUGUUUUCAUUGAGGUCAUUGAUAUGAAUGAUAAUAAGCCACAAUUUACUCUUCCAACUUUCUAUGGCAAGGUAGUAGAAGGAGCUACACCAGGGACUGCAUUCAUGAAUGUGACAGCCACAGAUGCAGAUGAGAAAGAUAAUGCUAAUUCUAUAAUCAAAUACUCCAUUGUGGGUCAAGAACCAACUAUACCUCAUCCACAUAUGUUUACAAUAAGUUCAACAAGUGGACUAAUCAGUGUGCUGCAUUCAGGUCUGGAUCGGGAGGAAGUGGAAAAAUACACACUUAUUGUUCAGGCAGCGGAUAUGGAAGGUGAUGGACUGAUAACCACUGCCACAGCAAUAAUCACUGUCACUGAUGGAAAUGAUAAUGCCCCAGAAUUUGUGACAUCAUCGGUUACUGUUGAAGUUCCUGAAAAUGAAGUGGAUUAUGUUGUGUCAAGACACCCUGUAACUGAUGCUGACCUGCGUUAUACACCUGCCUGGAAAGCAAAUUUCAGUAUAACCUUUGGGAACGAGAGGGGGCAAUUCGAUGUGAAGACAGACUUGGAGAAUAAUGGAGUCCUUAAAGUGAUUGAGCCCUUGGAUUUUGAGAAGAGCAGACAGCAUGUGGUGAUAAUUGAAGUAAGGAAUCAGAUACCUUUCACCGUUACGAUGCCACUCUCUUCAGCUACAGUAACCAUCAACGUGCUUGAUGUUAAUGAAGCACCAAUAUUUAAUCCAGAAAUCAAGAAAGACAAGCAGCCUGAGAAUCUACCAGUUGGGAGUACAGUAACUACUUGCAAAGCAAAGGACCCGGACAGUGCUCAGGAGCAAACCAUUAGUUACCGGAUGGGAAGUGACCCAGCAAGGUGGUUUGAAAUCGAGCCAGAGACUGGGAUCGUUAAACUCAUCAGCCAUAUGGAUAGAGAGUCAGAAUUUGUUAAAGAUAACAUUUAUGUUGCAACAGUCCUUGCUUAUGAUAAUGGGAGUCCACCUGCCACUGGUACUGGGACCAUUCAGCUGGAGCUUGAAGAUAUCAAUGAUAAUCCACCCAUUGCUACUUCACUUAUUAACCGCGUGUGCAAUGAAGAUCCUGUCCCUGUGAAUGUGACCAUUGUAGACAAAGACAUCCCACCCAACACUUCUCCUUAUGCAGUUAUGCUGGUUCAUGGAGCUGAGAAAAACUGGACUAUCGAAUCAACAGAGAGGGCUGACGUGAAGCUGUUAAAGCUGAAGAGAAAAAUUGAACCCAAUACAUAUGAAGUUCAUCUGAGAGUAACAGACGGCGGGACACCACAACUGUCUCAGGUCACAGGACUGCGAGUGGAUGUGUGCAACUGUGAAAAUGGUGCUUGUAAAGAGAGGAUUGCUGCUGCUUCCUUUGGUAUCCCUGGCAUUUUGGCUAUUCUGGGUGCUAUCUUGGCAUUGUUGAUUUUGGUGCUACUGCUCCUGCUUUUUGUAAAAAAGAGGCGAAGUGUCAAAAAGGAGCCAUUAUUACCCGAAGAGGACAUUCGGGACAAUGUUUACCAUUAUGAUGAAGAGGGUGGUGGUGAAGAAGACCAGGAUUAUGAUCUCAGCCAACUGCACCGGGGUCUAGACGCCAGACCUGAAGUUGUUCGUAAUGACGUGGUUCCUGUACUCUUGGCACCACAAUAUCGGCCACGUCCUGCAAACCCAGACGAGAUCGGCAACUUUAUUGAUGAGAACCUGAAGACUGCUGACAAUGAUCCAACUGCUCCUCCCUAUGAUUCCCUCUUGGUGUUUGAUUAUGAAGGUGGUGGUUCAGAGGCAGAAUCUUUAAGUUCAGUGAAUUCGUCCAACAACUCUGAUGCAGACCAGGACUAUGACCACUUGAACGAAUGGGGCCCACGCUUCCGGAAACUUGCUGAAAUGUAUGGCUACGGGGAGGAAUGAGGAGUUGGCAUUAAACAGACAUUUUAGAGACUUGUUUUUAACCACCUAAUGAUUGAAAAUAUGAGUGGAGCAUAGAGUGUAUGGCACACUGAGGUGGCAGGGAGAAUUGAAAUUACAUUCCAUUCGAUCCUGCAUUGGAACUUGACAAGAAGUUACUAAAUUGUUAGGAUGAAAAAACAAGCCUUUCUUGAGCUAACUGCAAUAAAUUAUUGCUCAAAGCUUUAUUUUCAUUAGUCCAUGACUCUCCUUUUUCAAUUUUCCCAAAGUAUAAAUGAGCCAAAGUUUAUUCAGUUUUAUAUUUUUUUCCUAUUAGGCUCUUGUUGCAAUACUCUACUGCUCAAAUAAUCUUUCUCUGCAGCUUUGAAUAAAAUUGAGAAUGUUAAUGAAGUUAAGGUUUUAAGUAUGCAAUAUUGUAUUCUAAAGGUAGUAUUGGUUUUAAAUGAUUUACAAAUCCAUAUGCAGAGUUUAAUGUGUAAUGUUUUUAAAGGCAUUGUGGAAUCAAAUUCUCACAGCUACUAGCCAAAAACUGCUUUACAUUGACAACAUAUGCAUUCUCAGGAAAUUUUAGGAGCUUUUAAGGAAAGCCCAAUUUUUAAAAAAUAAGAUUAUUUCCCUGUUUAUGUACUACUGACUGAGUAAAUAAAAAUGUUUUUAUUUUUUGCUAUGCCUGAAGCCUGGAUUUAUGAUUGGCAGGUAGGUUUUCAAUGCUUAAUAGAACUCUUGUAUUCAUAAGAGUAACUGCUGUAUAGUUUUAUAUUGAAUGUAAACUAUUGCAGUGGAUGCAGUUUAUUUGCAGCAUGUUCCCAAUCUGUAGUUGUAAAUGACAUUGUCUAACAGACUGAUCCAAUUCCACUGAUUUUUACCUCUGCCAUUGUAUACAGUGGAACAGAGAUGGAACAGCAUUUAGGAAUCCACAUAUUAGGCUCUCGAACGAAGUCCUCUAAAACGACAGAUUAAUUCCUGGUGUUGUCAACCACAGGCAUCAUCUUUCACUACCUCUAUUUUUUGUUGUCCCACCCGCCAAAAUCCCAUUAAACUCUUCAAUGCAUGCAAAGACAUUUGCUAAAGGAACAUUAAAUAGACCUGCAUCAGAAAAGCAAUGCAAACAUAUGACAUUCUGUGCUCCUUCCAUUUCUCUUCUACCCACAUGACUGGGCAAUUUGGAUCAAGGCUCAUGUAUGUACUUGCAGUUAAGCUUUGUGUGGACACCACAUGCUAAGUGUGCCUCCUGGAUGAUGACAUGAAAGAGCUUAAUAUUGUAGUUUAGUGCUAUCUUAAGUUGCAAGUCUUUUUCCUACUGUAACAUUUUAUAUUUGCUAGCUUGUCCUUAGUUGAGCAUAAAAUUUCUGAUUUCAAUUGAAAUACAGAAAUUUAGAUUGUAUGGAGUGGAGGCUGGUUGCACUUUCCUGGUGAUAGGGUUGAGUCAGUAAUAGCAGUUUUUCUAUCUUUCCAUUUCAAAAAUUUGACAACCAAAGCUAGUGUCUAUUUUUGUGCAUUUAAAGUUGACUGUAAAUUGUCUAAUUCUGAAGUGAAUUUUUUUUGUAUUAGUUUCAUAUUUGGCUGUUGCAAUUUAAUUGAGCUUUCACUGUUCGAGUGUACGUGCUUUAAAUAAACAUUUUUAGCAAAUAA